AUGGCGUGUCCGGUGUGCAAGUUCGCCCUCUCCCGCACGAGCUUCUUCCAGCACUCUCAACACACCAAGCUCCUCGACAUGGAGGGGGCCGUCCGAAAAGUCGUCCUCUCAGACCUGAUGAAGACAGGCGACCUGUUCUCGACCCUCAAGGACUACAACAGAUAUCUGGAGGAGGUGGAGACCAUUGUCUAUAAGAUCCCGAACGACGUGGAUAUCAAAGAAACCAUGAAGCAGUACGGACGGUACAAACGGAAGAGCCUGGCGAUGCUCGAGGUCACGGAAGACGAAAUGCGAAGGAGGAGGGACCUUUAUUUAACUGACGAGACUCAAAAGUUUGAGCGCACUCAACGAGAGGGUAUGCUCGAGAGCCUGGCGAGAGGCACCAUUAGCAGUGCAACCUUCCUUCAGAAUGCGCAGAUGCUGGUCAAGCCAGAGGAACCCUCCCUUGUGGCCGCCGAGUCAAGCGGUUCAACCGCCACAGUUGCCGGACACAUGCCGCCACCAGCAGCGGCCUACACCUACCGACCUCAAGCUGCAGCAACAGGCAUGGCCCUGCCCAGACCUGUCGCCACUCCUGCCGGAGCUGGGAGGUCGCUGGCUCCUGGCCAACUGCCCGCGCCCGUGGGCGGCGGUACCAUCAUGCGAGACGUUGUCCCCACAUACCUGACACCAGACCAGGAAGCCAGGUCGGCUGCGGGCGGGUACAAGUUCGAGCUCGUGAGGAAGAGAGCGCUAGAGGAGGCCCUCGACAGCUUGUGGGCAGCGGCGCCCACCACGCCGUCGGCGUGA